UCUGGCGUGGCAACUGGUACUUCCCGACAAAUAAUGGAGAGUAGACAGUGGUUUAUUCUCUACACAGGGCAAUCCUAGAGGAUUCUGAAAAAGCAAAUAAAGCAGCCAGUGAGAAAUUAGAGAUGUGAAUGAGGUGGGGUCUGGGGAAAGCGGGAGGAGAAUGUUUGAAGUAUAUUUAAAAGGGAAAGAAAGACAGGACAGGGUGGCAGAGCAGGGACAUGAGGACAGUAGGUAGGGUCCUGGGAGGCCAUUUAGUUUUAUGUUUUUAUUGCACGAAUGAGUGAAAACAGGCCUGAGAGGUAAGGUGACUUUUCCAGGCCACACAAGACUUGUUCCAUAGCAAUUAAGCUAGGGGACGGUGAACAGAAUGGAAGCUGGUGACAAGGAGAGAAGCUGGAAGCCAGAGAGGGGAGUCAGAGCGAGAGGGGAAAUGAGAAUCUGAGUAGGCAGGGAGCAGACUGUCUUUGUUGCAGACGGUAACUGAAAGGGAGCGUUUGUCUGUUGGUAGAAGGAAGUCAGAGUAAAGAGCGGGGAGAGGUUUGUUUAGGACAGAAAUCAAAGACUGAUUUUUCUGAAAGACAUAACAUCUGAAGUGAAAUGCUGUUUCUGCAACUUCUUUUGCUAGAGGUUGUCCUCGCCGGUGGUGACAAUGAGGACGCCUUCCAGGAGCCGAACUCCUUCCACGUCAUCCUGAUCUCAUCCUUUCAUAACCGUUCCUGGGUACGAUAUCUGGGCUCAGGUUGGUUGGGUGAGCUUCAGAUCCUUGGCUGGGAGAGCAAGUCUGGUGCCAUCACUUUCCUGUGGCCUUGGUCCAAGGGCAACUUCAACAUGGAGCAGUGGAUGGAACUGGAAGAGUUAUUUCAUAUAAACUCCAUCACAUUAUUUCAUAAAUUUCAGAUCUAUGUCAGUCAGUGGCAACUUGAAUACCCCUUUGAGGUGCAGCUGGUGGGAGGCUGUGAGAUGCACUCUGGGAAAAACUUGGUCAGCUUCCUAAACGUUGCUUAUCAAGGAUCGGACAUUAUGAGCUUCCAGAAAACCUCAUGGCUGCCAUCUCCAGAGGGGGGAAGCAGAGCUCAGCAAGUCGCCAGACUCUUCAACCAGUACUAUUCCACCAAUGAAGGCAUCCGCAAGCUCCUCAGCGCCGUCUGCCCACAGUUCCUCUCGGGUCUCCUUGAUGCAGGGAAGGCAGAUCUCCAGCGACAAGUAAGGCCAGAGGCGUGGCUGUCCUCUGGCCCCAGUGCUGGUCCCGGCCGCCUGAAGCUGGUUUGUCACGCCGCUGGUUUCUACCCAAAGCCUAUUUCGGUGAUGUGGCUGCGGGGUGAGCAGGAGCAACAGGGCGCUCAGCGAGGUGACGUUCUGCCCAAUGCCGACGGGACGUGGUAUCUGCAGGUGUCCUUGGAUGUGGGCGCCACCGAGGCAUCCGGCCUGUCCUGCCGGGUGAGACACGGCAGUCUAGGCGGCCAGGACAUCAUCCUCCACUGGGGACACCGGACCUCCCCGGGCUUGAUCUUCCUGGCGGUGGUUGCACCCCUGGUGCUUCUGGGAGGCUUGGCGUUUUGGCUUAGGAGGCGCUGGACCCAGGACCGGCGUCCUCACACCGAUUUCCCAUUGGAACAGUCUUCCAGCAGCCCAGCCACCUGGCUCAGGACUCAUCUCCAGACAGCUCGGCAAUGACGUCCUCUCAACUCUCCUUGUGCGAUGUCGUUGUUGUUGAUUUCUGCUUAAUGAUCAGUUGUCAAUAUUAGCUAAAUGCCAUUUUGCAGUAUAUUGUUGUUCUGACCUGGGUUAGGACUUUAAGACUCAAAAUGUAACUCUGCAUGGAACGAGGUCCUAGCAACCUCCACCCGUUCAAACACUUGUGAGCAUCAGGCUGUUUCCUGUGCCACUUCCUCCAGAGGGCCUUCCCUGAUUGCUGAGGGGAGGCAGCCUCUGAACUCCUACCACUUUACCAGUCCCUUGCUGAAUCCACUCCCUCCUCGCUUCCUACCCUUUGUGGCAGCUCAGUAGGUCCCUUUCCCCCUUUUAAUUGUUAAGCUUUUUGAAAACAAAGCCCUUGUCUUUUUAGUGUUUGUAUCUUUGGCAAGGUGUCUUACCUGUCAGUGGUGUGUUUUCAGUGAGGAUCUGUGUUGAAUUUGUGCCAGAUGUAUAGUCUUUUAAAAUUCUUUUCCUUCCUGAUGUAUUGGUAGCAGUCGAGACAUCUGAUUCUCUUCUCCUGAAGCCUUCUCACUUGGCCCAGAGACUUCAUACUUUCCCAGUUCCUUAGUGACUUCUCUGAGCCCCUGAAGAAAAACACAGUUUUGCCUCUGACCACUCUUAUGAUUGAACUAUUGGGACUUAGUAGAUGCAACGACUGUUCCAAGUGUUCCGACAAAAAGGGGAGGGCAGGGUGUGUCUUCUUGCCAUCCAGGGUGGCUGAGGGACAAGCAGAAGUCAUCAUUUCUUGUCGGUUAGAAAUGGAGCAUCUUGAACUUCACCUUGGACUUGCUGAAUCAUAAUUUGCAUUUUAGCAAAAACAGUAGGAGACUCACAGGUGAGUUAAACUUGAGAAGUGCUAAAAUAGGUGAUACUUGAGAGGUAGUGGUGCCAGUGUGCCCCUGAAGAGAAAGGGAGGGGGUCAAGGAGAGAGAUCAGGUGUGUGUUGGGCCUUAGGGUGGGGACAGGGAGAGGACCUGCAGUACAUUCUCCCUGUUCACAGUUUAAGUCACUGUGAGCACUGAGUUAGCGAAAAAUGAGCUGCUGCUCCUUGUAGGUGUGCAGGGUCAGAUUCCUGUGAGCCUCUGGUCACAUUUUAAUCCAAUGAUGAAUCUGUAGCCUUGCUUUGUGGGUGUUUCUGCCCAAAGUCACCUUAUUUAGUAUGUACACUUCCUAAUAAC